GCAGCGAGGGCCACGCUGCGAACGCGCUCGUGGACGAGACGGGCGCGAAGCCCCGCCAGAUGCGCAAGGAGACGCGCCGCCUCAACAUCAUCAACUCGGAGGAGUGCUCCAGGGACCUGCUCAACUUAGUGCGCGGCAGCUUCUCGCAGUUGGAGACGGCGAGCAUUUGGGCGCAGGGCCCGCUCGAGAUCCCCGAGCGCAGGAGGAACCACUUCAACGGGCUGAGCAGGACCAACCGAGGCGACAGCAUCGGCCCGAUGACGCCCCAGACGUGGGCUUCCACGUGGCGCGAGGAAGCUUCCGCGAAGCGCCAGAUGUUGAGUGGCCACCGCAUUGAAGUGGGCGGCCCCUGUGAGGGGGCGGGCCCUCUGCCGCGCGACGCCGCGGGCAAAGGGGCUGUGCUCUACCAUGUGACGCCGGUGCAAUACUACGCGACGCUGCUCGAGGAUCUCCCAGCGCGCGCCACCAUUGACUGCAACGCGGGCGUGGGGAACGCGGCCAAGGCGCACGCGCGGGCCCGCAAGCAACGCGUCGGGAUUUGCUUCGCCGAGCUGCGCGCCAGCAACCUCUACGAUCAGAUAUCCUCGGAGAUCUUCAACGGCUUCAUCGACGAGAACAACCCCCUGUACGACCGGGCCUUGGCCAAGGUCGCAUCGACUGCUGCGAGGCCUUUUGCUGCCCCGAAGCCCAAGCCCAAUAAGAACACCUCCGAGAACAAGAACACCGAGGGCGAAUGCCAGUCGUGGGAGGGCGAGCAGCCGGCUGCUCUGAUGGACAUGCUCGACAACCUGAAGGGCGCCGACGGCCAGGAGGACGAGGACCUCGAGGAGGAGGACUCCAUGAGCGACGGCGCG